CUAUAAUUGUGUCAGUGAGUGGCCGCUCGCAGUGCCGGUUUGCUGGUUCUGGUGCCGGGGCUGCCAUGCGGUAUUUACUAAACCGAUGUGCGAGCACUUCGAUCCCAGCGUUAUCGCCUUGUUUCCCUCCGUUGUCUCUGUUUUCGCUCUCGCUCGCCCCCCUUUCCGCUCCCCAGGCUGCAGUGUUCCGCCCGCCCCCAGCCGGCAGCCAUCUUGUCCGGAGCGGGGACCGGACCGCCGCUACCGGGAGUACCGGACCGAGACCAGCAGGAAAGCCGGGUGUAAACUGGAAUCCCGGCAUUGACACCCCGGCCCGGCCGAGCAGGGGAUUCCGGGGGUGGGGACCUGCCUUACCGGAGCGGUCGGAACCGGCACCAGCCGGCGGCACCGAGGGAGACCCGGACUGGCACUGCGAUCCCUGGGCUGCGGGUGGGACCGGGUGUUGGCUCGGACCAGGAGACCGGGAAGAUGAGCUGCUGGUAGCCGCAGCCGGUGGCCCGGGAGAGGGUCCCGGAGAGGGAGCGGGUCACAUCCCGGGGGGUCCACGGACAUCAUGGCCUCAAACUGCAGCAGCAGCGCCGUGACCGGGAGCGCCAGCAAGACCAAGACUAAGAAAAAACACUUCGUGUGUCAGAAAGUGAAGCUCUUCCGAGCCAGCGAGCCCCUCCUGAGUGUCCUAAUGUGGGGGGUCAAUCAUACAGUGAGAGCAUCCCCCACCUUAUAGCUAUCCAGCAAUCUGUCCACUACCACCUCUACCUGUACCACCUCUAUCCACUACCACCUCUACCUGUCAAUCCUCUACCUGUACCACCUCUGUCUACUACCACCUCUACCUGUACCACCUCUAUCCACUACCACCUCUACCUGUCUACUAUCCUCUACCUGUCAAUCCACUACCACUCUACCUGUAUCUACUACUACCUCUACCACCUCUGUCAACUCCACUACCUGUCAAUCCACUACCUGUCCAUCCUCUACCUGUCAAUCCUCUACCUGUCAAUCCUCUGCCCACUACCACCUCUGCCCACUACCACCUCUGCCCACUACCACCUCUGCCCACUACCACCUCUGCCCACUACCACCUCUAUCUGUCAAUCCUGUACCCUAUCUACUACCACCUCUACCUGUCAAUCCUCUACCACCUCUACCUGUCAAUCCUCUACCACCUCUACCUGUCAAUCCUCUACCAUAUCUAGUACCACCUCUACCUGUCAAUCCUCUACCAUAUCUAGUACCACCUCUACCUGUCAAUCCUCUACCACCUCUACCUGUCAAUCCUCUACCAUAUCUAGUACCACCUCUACCUGUCAAUCCUCUACCACCUCUACCUGUCAAUCCUCUACCAUAUCUAGUACCACCUCUACCUGUCAAUCCUGUAUCAUAUCUAGUACCACCUCUACCUGUCAAUCCUGUACCAUAUCUAUCUACCACCUCUACCUGUCAAUCCUGUACCACCUCUAUCCACUACCACCUCUACCUGUACCACCUCUAUCUACUACCACCUCUACCUGUCAAUCCUCUACCCUGUACCACCUCUAUCCUGUACCACCUCUAUCCUGUACCACCUCUAUCCUGUACCACCUCUAUCCUGUACCACCUCUAUCUGUCAAUCCUCUACCUACUACCACCUCUAUCUACUACCACCUCUAUCUACUACCACCUCUAUCUACUACCACCUCUAUCUACUACCACCUCUAUCUACUACCACCUCUAUCUACUACCACCUCUAUCUACUACCACCUCUAUCUACUACCACCUCUACCUGUCAAUCCUGUACCCUAUCUACUACCACCUCUACCUGUCAAUCCUGUACCCUAUCUAGUACCACCUCUACCUGUCAAUCCUGUAUCAUAUCUAGUACCACCUCUACCUGUCAAUCCUGUACCCUAUCUAUCUACCACCUCUACCUGUCAAUCCUGUACCACCUCUACCUGUCAAUCCUGUCAACCUCUACCUGUCAAUCCUGUACCCUAUCUAUCUACCACCUCUACCUGUCAAUCCUGUACCCUAUCUAUCUACCACCUCUACCUGUCAAUCCUGUACCCUAUCUAUCUACCACCUCUACCUGUCAAUCCUGUACCCUAUCUAUCUACCACCUCUACCUGUCAAUCCUGUGUUCUCUCUCUCUCUCUCUCUCUCUCUCUCUGUCAUGUAAUUCCAGUGCUAUAUCUAGCCAUCAUAUAAUCCCACCUAUCUUUUCAGUCAUAUCCCAUUACUGGUUGUCCUGUAAUCCCACCACUUACUUUCUUUCUCUCUCUCACCAACCUGCCACGUCUGUCUAUCCAACCUGUACCAUAUCAUCUAUCCAACCUGUCCUACCUCUAUCUAGCUGUCUGUCCAUCUUAAUCCACCUCUGUUGUCUAUCUAUACUCCAUUUCGUCAUAUCCUAGUGCUAUAUCUAUCCAUCCAUCCAUCCUGUACUAUGUCAUUUAUCUAUCUAUCUUGAACCAUAUCUAUCUAUUGGUCUGUCCACCACUUUAUGCCUGGGUGUCAUAUAAACACCGCACAUUAUGAAUCAUUUAACUGUCAGAUACUCCCACCAUUGUAUAUCUAUAAUCUCAGUUUGUUAUAUGGUUGCAAUUCUGUUAAUAUUCUAUGAAAAGUGUCUAUCGUAGAUGUUUGGGCCCAAUCAUAAUGUGACUAUUGCUACUGAUAUGUGGUUCUCGUCACAUUGUGAUAUUGCCCAUAUGUUACAUUUAUCAGGCCUAGGUAUGGGGAUAACAGCGGCUCAGUCUCUUUCUGUGUAUGUUUUUUAACAUGGAAAGUAUACACAUAUUUAAUAUUUCAUGUUGGCAGGCAUGAUUUAGUUCAAUGUUACUAUACAAUGUUACUAUACAUUCCACCAACAUAUUUUAGUAUGUUCACUAUCAUCUCUCAAUAUUUUCAUAGUAUUAUAAAAAUGUAAAGAAUACUUAAAAUGCAAAGUUGAUAAAAUAGUUCUCCUGUGUGACAGGUGUCCAUCUUUAUAUGUCUAGACCCCAAAUGACUUUCAAUGGCAUUUUCUAUAGCAACAUUUGGCACUCAAGAUGUAGUGGACUACAUCUUUAUCAGCAUUGUGACUGUAAGCAUUAUCGGAGAUGUAGGCCAAAACAUCUGGAGUGCCAAAGGUUGCCAACGCCGGUUUUAUAGGUAUUACCAGUACUCUUCUGUAGGUUAAAAAUUAGAAGCACAUUGAAAAAACCUUUGUAAUGCAAAAUGCUGAGAAGCACCUAUUUCUGUCUGUACAGAUGAAGCAGGCUUGGGAAUUAUUGUUCUCUGUGAACUCACCCGUACUACCCAUAUAUGUUUGUUUGAAUUUGCUCUUCACAUUCUGUGUGAUAUUCACACAUAUAUGGGGUAUUUAUAAUACUCCAUAUUGCAGGUGACCUCCAUUUUUAGUGGAUUAAAUAGGUAAUGCAUUCAAUUAUAGAAAAUAAAUAAAACUGAAACAUAAAGAAGCUACCCUUAUAUCUGUCUCUGACAAAGAGCCUUAUUGGAAACUGUUGGUCCUGAUAUCUCAUAAAUUUCUGACCAGCAGGAGUUUGAGACAUGCAAGUCAUUCCUUUGCAGCUGUUUAAUUUAUGAGAUCUGAUUAGUGAAAUAUCUGAAUUAGCAGAUAGAUGCCCCAGUGUCCCUAUCAGCCUAUCCACUGCACAAUUCCCAGUUUUGUGAUUGGUGCUUUACACAGCACAGUGCACAGAGAGUGUUUGCACCUAGACCACUGUAAUAAGCUGUAAUUGUUACAAAGGUUAGUGUCCCUUUUAAGUGGUUAUGGUUUGUGGAUUGUAUUUGUUUAUUGAUCACACACGUUUUAUUAAAAAAGCCAAAAUUACCUCACAUAGGUACAUUAAUUUAGUCGACCCUCCUCACGAGGCAAAAUAACGUAGGAAUCAGGCGUCAUUCAAGCUCCACUUCUAUGAGCUUAUUUAUGUAUCAUACCUAAACAUGUAAAUUUCAUUAAAUGAACAUUUAGUAUAUAUCUCGAAGUAGCAUUGUUCCCUAGCAAUUAAAUCUAUAAUUAGAAAAUAUAAUGCCCACACCCUAUACAUGCACAUAAAUCUCCACAGUUGGGAGUUGUUUUAGGUAUAUUCUGAGUGGCACCCUGCUCUGUGUGCCAGAUAUAGAACAUCUUUAGUGAGUGACCCAUUGCAGAUAAAGUAUAUGUACUUUGUAUACACAAAUAGUUUUCUUUUAUUCCAUGUACUGUUGUAGUUGUAGCCCUUUAGUCUCAGUUAAUUUGUGUUAGUUUCCUUGACAAUGAGAAGAACACCCAGCAUCAUAUACUUUAAAAAAGGGCUGUCCAACCUGUGGCCCCCCAGAUGUUGCUGAACUACAACUCCCAUGAUGCUUUCAAUUAAAUAGAUAGCCAGGGAAUCAUGGGAGUUGUAGUUCAGCAACAUCUGGGUGGGGCGCAGGUUGGACAGCCCUGCUUUAAAACUUUGUUUUACUUGUCCUUGUGGUACCUCAGGUCUCAAUCCAUGUUACUUUACGUUGUAUGGGUUAGAUGGAAUACCACAUCUUUAUUAUUGUAAGCAUGAUAAACAUCAUGAUGAAGAAUUCGGUGCUGAUCUUGCAACCUCCCUCUGAGUAUCUAGGUUUAUGUAGCUAUAUCUCAAUCCCAAGCAAGCCACUUUUAUUUUCCGUUAUUUUGUUUUUCUUUAAAGAAACAAAGUAAAGGUGAUAUCUUGUUAUAAUAUAACUAUAUUUAGAGGACAGGCAUUCCAUACAGACCUCUCAGGUCUAUUUUUUUUUUUUAGUCUAGAACACUUGCACUCUAUAAGGGUAUCACUCUAUCCAGUGUGUUUGCGACGGUGCAGUUUCUUUCUUUUCUAAUAUUAUUUUCAUUCAGACAUCCUUACUUUCCGUAUGUUAAUCAUAUUGUCUCCUGUGAAUUCUUCUGACGCAAUGCAGCAUAUUAGAUUUAUUAGUAGGUUAGUCUUAUCAAUUGGUACACAGAAUCAGUUUCUUACUUUUAUACUUUGGUUAACACCUUCAAAUUGGCAGUUUUGUUGAAAGAAACACUCUUGUACUUCUCAUAUGUUGAGAGUUUAAAAACAAUUGCAGCAUAUGAAUUUUUUAACAGAAUGCUCUUUUUAUUUCCUCCCAGAGAAUCUCUUCCUGUUGUGUGGUUUAGGGGAAGCCUGCAGUCAUUUGACUCAAAUUUCUAAUGGCUGGUGUGAGUUCAUUGACCUCCAAGAAACUAGGAACUGCUGGGUCACCCACUGAUGAUGUUUAGAAGCAGUCGUGACUAAGAGAAAUUUGAAACUUGGUUUCUAUAAUGACUUCCAUGAGCUUCUUCUAGUGGGAAAAGUUACUUGCUGAAAUUUAAAGCUCAUAAAAACUUUUAUUUUUUUUAUAUAUUUUGAUUUUUAUUUUAAGAUCCUUGAUCAGAGCUACCUGUGAAUAUGAAAUGAAGGUUUAUACUUUUCUUAAUAUAUUACUAGUUAUAAGGUGCAGCCACCAUUCUGGCCACAUGUGGCAUUUACAUCUAUCUUUCACAUGGAUAGCCGUUUUCAACAAACUGUUUUAAAUGCAGCUGCUAGAAAUCUUUGUGACUAUGUAUUUCACAUUUAUUCAAUAAAUAAGGAAUUGCGGAGAAUUGACUAGCCAAUUUCACAUUUCAGACCAGAAUAUCUACUUUGGAGAAAAAAAAAACUCUAUCAUACAGUGUCAUGGCAGAGUAAACAGCACAUUUAUAUUUUUGAGAUAUAACAGGUUUGGUACAAGUGGAUAGAACUUUUAUAGCUAGUCUAUGCAUGCUAAGUUGAGCAGUGUUGAUAUGGUUCUUAAGUUACAGGCUAUGCAAGUUAUCGACAGGUAUAGAUUUCUCUACACUGCUUGGAUUUAAGUUUAACCACCAGGGGGCAGCGAGCCUCUGAGUUUGCUGGAUAAACUGACAUGUAGGCUUAAUUAUUUUUAAAUGAGUUACAUGUGGGUCUGCUGAAUAGGGUCAGCAGCAAUCAUUCUAGACAUAACAGUAUGAAUAAAAACUAAAAUAGAGGACAGAAAGCGCUCUGCUGGACUUUUGAUUAUGAUUAUGCAGGGUUAGCAGUCGCUUAGUUUCUCCUGCAGCUGUGCGGGGUCGGCUGGCGUCCUGGCUGAAUCAAGUCCCUGGUGUUUCCCGCUGGUUGCCUGAGUGCCCAAGCACUUGUUGGCCAGGAGUACGUUUGGUCUCAUGUGUCUGCUAGCUGCAGCCUCCGGUAUUAAAAAGAGGCUUGUGUCUCAUGUCUGUUGCACUUCUGUGCUCAUUCAGGGUUAUAGACCCAAGUGAGUCCCCACAGAUCUGCCGGUAACCAUGUGAGAUGUUGCCUCAGAUAAUGCAUAAGCUGUGCUUACAUGCUGAAUGUGCCCUCCUUAGAGUCAUCCGGUGGGCGGAAAGAGUGUGUCGUUGUCUGUGGGCCGCUGUCAGUUCGUGAUGUUCUGGUCCGCAUCGGUUUCCAAACAGUGCCCAGCAGUUGCUCUAUUGCUGCCGCCUCCAUUCUCCAGCUAGUGAGGGACAUGGCGGCCAUCUUGGGUUUCGCCAUGCGGUCCCUAGUUGAUCGGUUCGCCGCUCAAGCAUCACGGGUGGUCACUGCUUCCCCGGUGCGGUCCGGGAUAACCCCCCUGGCCCACGGGGGGGGAGAACGGGGCCCUCAGUAGGCGUGCGAGAGGUCCGGCGAGAGGUCCCGCCGGACUAAGCAAGGGAGACCGGCCGCAUCUGCCGCCAGAGCCUCACGACGGGCCGCAAUCCCAGCUGCCCAGUAAUCAGCAUCGCCGGUAGGACGGGGGUCGGUAUGUGCACCAAGAGUUGUGCUCAGGUCCCCUUUGUCUACUAGCAGCUGUGUGGCUUUUUUAGGGGAGGAAGAGUAAUUUGAAGCUGGAUAUUUAGGUUUCAUGAAGGAGCCCCACCACCUGCAUUUUUAUUUUUUGUCUAAUCUUCACAAUUCUCAUUUUAGCGACUGAGCCGUAUAGUUUCUUCAUUACAGUCUGUAAGGAGCACAAAACAUUUUAUUUUAUGUUUUUAAGGUAUCCAUAGUAGAAUUAAGGGAUUGUAGAUCUGAUAAAUGUAGGCUCCAAUAAUAAUUAUUCUUCUUCAUAGGCUAAAGCUAAGAAACACUUGCCAUAUCAUACAACUAAUGUAUAUGUUGUGAAAUGAGACUGCACAGAUUUGGAAGGGCAACAGAUUAAUCUUGUAUUAAUGCAUAUGUAACUACACGUGAAAGCUGUCCUGCCCCCUCUUAUUGGCAUUAUUCAAUUGUCUCCCUUUUGCAGAUCAAUGAGCUGAGUAAUGUCCCAGUACCUGUUAUGCUGAUGCCCGAUGACUUUAAAGCCUAUAGCAAGAUCAAAGUGGACAAUCACCUUUUCAACAAGUGAGUGUUACCCAUUUUAUGCUACAUGCUAAAUCAGACAACACAAUGAUUUAAUGAUAUGUUGCGUUAUUGGGAGUAAAAGCGGACACCUGCAAUGUGCUUCUGCCAUGCGAAUAAGACAUGGUGAAACUCUGUAGGUAAUUGUAUUCCUAAAUUAGCAUAUCUGUUUAUGCCUCUGCUGCCAGCAUCAUGAUAAAACUGGUGUGGCAUUUCCAUAGGUUAAUGUGAUCUAAAAAUUCUGUGAGCUUGUGGUAUUCUGGUUAUCACAAAUAGGUACAUGUUUAAGGAGUGCGUUGAAGAUUUGAUUUUAAAAAAAAUUAAUAUAAUUAAAAAGCCAGUAUUUACUGAUAAAGUAAAGUUUUUAAAAUUAGGCAUUUAAAGAGACUGCCACUUUUGUUUUUGUUUUUCUUUUCAUGUCCCUCAUCAUGGCAGCCCCAUAAUUUUUUAUUUUUUUAUUUUAAUGGUGCUUAUUUGAAAUGUUCUACAUAAGGAAAAGUAGGGACUACUUGUCGUUAUGUAGAUCCUGCAGGUUAAAAAAAAAAAAAAGUGGAGCUGUAGUCAAGCUCAUUGUCCUUUGUCAUUUUCCGUCUUGGUCAAUACUCUCCUCCCUCCAACGUUCCUUUCAACAGCGGAGUGUCACAGAUCCUCAGUAUGUACUCAUGCAUUAUUGUGAGAGCCAACUGAGCUCUGUGGCAACUAUUGGUCAUGGGGUGAUUCUACAUGCACACACAAGGAAAGGGCAGAGGAUGGCAUUCUCAGCCACCGUCCUACACUUUAAGAUUCUCAGCGCCGUGAUAAAAGACCCAACUGGACAGACAAAUCUAAAAAAAAAAAUAAUUUAAUUUGCACCAGUUUGGGGGAUUGUUGAACUGAAACCAAAGAGCUCAGGGCUGAGGGAAUAAAUAAGGGCAGCUUUAAGCUGUAACUGAACCCAUUCUGCUUUUUGUUGUUUAUUUUUUUUAUUUAUUUAUUAUAUAGAUAAUAAAAUCUUAGUUGAAGUAGCUUUUUUCCCAUUACAUCUCUGACAAUAAAUAUUCUGUGAAAUAGCAAUAUUUACAUUUUGUUUAAAGGAACACUAAACCUGUAUUUCGAACGGUUUAGUGUCCUUGUCCCUAUUUGUUUUAAGAUCCCCCUCGUUUGCCAUAAAUAUUAAGAGAAAUUCAAGUUAAACUUACCUUUUUUUUUUUUUUUUUAGCUACAAGUUUCCCUUGGUUCUGCUCACCUCUUUGCCUCCCUUAAUGUCUCAGAAUAGGCAUAGCAUCCCCCAUCAUUGAUCCAAUCCAAUGCUCCUCAGAGAGGAGAAUUUGGGGACACAAUGCGCAUGUCCAUUGAGUGCCACACACACAUUCAAGCUACCCCAUAGGAAAACUUUGAAUCAGAGCUUUGCGUCACGUUCUGCGGAUUUAACCCUGUAAUGUAAACAUUAUUUUGCAAUGCAGGAUUAAAAGGACAAGAAGAUUGCACCCAGGCCACUUCAUUGAAAUGAAAUGACCUGGGUGACUUUAGUAGUCCUUUAACCCCUUAAGGACCAAACUUCUGGAAUAAAAGGGAAUCAUGACAUGUCACACAUGUCGUGUCCUUAAGGGGUUAAACCACACCUCUACUGGCUGUCUAUCUGACAGUGCCUAGAGACACUUCUUCUUAAAGGAGCACUAUAGAGUCAGGAACACAAACAUGUAUUCCUGACCCUAUAGGGUUAAAAGCACCAUCUAGCCACCCUGGUCCCCUCAUGCCUCCCUAAAUAUAGUAAAUCCUACUUGUAUUCAAGUCUGCAGCUGCAUGCUUUGUGCGUGUUUCCUUUAGACCUGCCUGCUGACAUCAGCAGAAGUGGUAGCCUGAUCCAAUCACAGUGCUUCCCCAUAGGAUUGGCUGAGACUGACAAAGAGGCAGAUCAGGGGCAGAGCCAGCAUGAUUCAAACAAAGCCCUGGCCAAUCAGCAUCUCCUCAUAGAGAUGAACCGAAUCAAUGAAUCUCUAUGAGGAAAGUUCAGUGUCUGCAUGCAGAGGGUGGAGACACUGAAUGUUUGGAUGCAUUUUAGGCAGCCAUGACCCAGGAAGGAUCUCUAACAGCCAUCUGAGGAGUGGCCAGUGAAGUUAUCACUAGGCUGUAAUGUAAACACUGCAUUUUCUCUGAAAAUACAGUAUUUACAGCAAAAAGCCUGAAGGUAAUGAUUCUACUCACCAGAACAACUUCAAUAAGCUGUAGUUGUUCUGGUGACUAUAGUGUCCCUUUUAAAGACCUUUUAGUUUUUUAGGUCUUCAAUUUUGCGACAUCACUUCAAGCAAGAUGCCUCUGAGAAAGUGGAGUGGUGCGAAAUGUGCCCAGGGCUUUCCUAAUCUUUCUUUAGGUUUGGCUUCUUUGGUGGUUUCCCCCAUGUACAGCAGCUAUGGGUGGUCCUAAGCUCAGGUUUUGGACUUUUUAUACUUUGUUCACUCACAACCUUUUUUAGUAUCUUGCCAUAUGUAUUUUCUUUUUUGACUUCAGUAAAUGUGCAUUUUUUUUCUACGAUUUUUUCUUGAUGUAUUUUUGGGGUUUCCCUAUGAGUGCAGAUCAACAGACUUGUCCUGUGUGAAGUGUCCUUUAAACCACACCUCUAGUGGCUGUCUAUCUGAUAGUGCCUAGAGACACUUCUCCUUGAAGACCUUCAGUUUUAGCAGUCCAAAAUACUGCCUUGCCUUGUCAAUUCCUAUAUAUGAUAUUUUUAUUUGUAAUCACUGCAUUGUACAUUUACCUGUAAAAUACUUCUACCCGUAGAGAGAACCUGCCAAGCCGAUUCAAAUUUAAGGAGUAUUGUCCCAUGGUCUUCCGAAACCUGCGGGAAAGAUUUGGCAUCGAUGAUCAAGACUACCAGGUUAGGAACAUUAGUGAAAUAACCAAAGUAUACUUAUAGAAGCACGUAAUUUGGAAGAUUAGUUUUCCUAUUUAUUUUUUUUACAUCUAUUUUAAGCAGCUUUAAUUUUCUGUAUAGUUUUGACAUCAGCUGGAAAACUAUGCCACAGAUACUCUGUAAUUAUGAUGAUAUAUCAUAUGAUCUUCCUUAGAACUCAUUGACCCGUAGUGCACCUGUGAACAGCGAGACUCAGGGCCGAUUUGGCUCGCGUUUUCUCACCACCUUUGACCGGCGGUUUGUUAUCAAAACGAUAUCCAGCGAGGAUGUGGCUGAGAUGCACAAUAUCUUAAAGAAAUAUCACCAGGUAUCUAUUCCUUUCCAAUUUUUCAUUUUUUUAUUUUUUUGUUGAAUUUCAUAAUAUUAAACUGUUUUAAAAAUAAAUAAUAAUAAUGAUAAAUUAUUUAUUUUAUCUUUCUUACCAGUUUAUAGUGGAGUGUCAUGGUAACACACUGCUUCCACAGUUUCUUGGUAUGUACCGGCUUACAGUGGAUGGUGUAGAAACCUAUAUGGUUGUCACCAGGAAUGUGUUCAGCCAUCGACUUGGGGUCCAUCGAAAAUAUGAUCUAAAGGUACGUUUUUCCAGGAUUAGGCAUAUCCAUUGGUAUUAUGACCGUCCUGUCAAGUUACCUAUCUUGAUGGUGUUAAAAGGAAUAUUUACUCUUUGGUUUUUUUCAAACAUAAUAUAAGAAUUUAAAGUGGACCUGCUACUUGAGUUUUUAACAAGAAUAUAAAAUCAAAGGGAAAGUCCAGGAAACAUAACAUUGCCAUGUCAUUUGUAUAGGUUGCAAAGAACUUCCCUGCCACUGUCUUCCUUCAUUAAAUUUCUUUAUAGCUGAAGUAAAUUUAGAAAGAAAGAUGAGAGAGAAAAAGAAACGGAGAGAGUGGAGAAAUCAAGAGCUUGGUUUUAGAGAUUUGUAGGGACGACAGACAAAGAUUCAAUAUUUAGGUGUAUCAUAGAUCACUGUGGUAAUUUUGUCAAAUUCCAUGGUUUCUCUUGUUUCACGGGAAAUAGUACUCCUAUUGGCAUGUUUGCUAUCAGCUUCAGUUCCUGUGGGUUUACAAAGUCGAUUUUUGGCAGCCAGCUUAUUUUCUCCUUGUGAGGGAGUUCUUGGGUUUAGAGAGAAGUAUUGACAUGAGAAAAUAAUUUAGACAGGGUGGAAGAAAUAAAGUAAGUUACAGCAAAACCAAAGCGGCAGAAUUUAAAGGCGGUCCACGAACAAUGAAUAUAAGUGCACCAUAGCCCUUCCAGAAAAAGUCAGUGGGUAUUUUACUCAUUUAACAAAGUAUUAAAGAAGUAAGAUACCAGCGUAGUUGGGUUUUGUAAGCUUGUUCCUUAUGUGUUAAUGGGCAGUAUAGUCCCAGAUUCUGGAUUCAUCGGACAGACCCAAAUAUUUUCCUAGGCUAAAAUAUAUAUAUAUAUAUAUAUAUAUAUAUAUAUAUAUAUAUAUAUAUAUAUAUAUAUAUAUAUAUAUAUAUAUAUAUAUAUAUAUAUAUAAAAAGGAAUGAGUUUAGCUACACCACUCAUACAAACUGUGGGUGCAGAGGAAAAGCUACACAGUUGUAGAUAACAAAAAAAUAAUCAAAGGGAGAAAAGAAGUGUAAGUGGGAAAUAUCGGAAAAAGGGAGGAAAAGAUGGCAUAAGUGGGAGAGGCCUUUGUCUAUAAAGUGGCUGAAUAAAUAUGGCUCCAUACAGUUGGAAAAGUCUGUUACGAAUAAGGGAGUAAGAAUCAAGAGAGGUAAUUAAUUCCUCUUUGUACUUGAGCGAAAUAAAAUAAUUCCAGCCCUCAUACCUUCAUGAAACCAUUGUGGCUUGACGAGGUAUGCCACAAUUUAAAUUCAUUUUGGCACAAAGCAAUUUUUCACCUCAUUUUUGAGAGAUCAACAUACCUGCUUGAGCAUAUUGGGGACUGUAGCAAAGUGCUCCUGUGGAGCAACUAGACAAGGGAGAUCAUGGAUGCUGGGUAAUAUUUAGCCCCCUGUAAUAUAUACAUUUAUUUUUUCUCUCUUCCAUUCAGGGUUCCACAGUCUCCAGAGAAGCCAGCGAUAAAGAAAAGGUGAGUUAGAGGACACACAGCAAUGAUUCAGAGCAGUACUCUGCAUGGUGGAAUCAGCUGUUACACAAACAUGGCUAUGUUUGUAUUUCCAAUAAACUGUAUAGCUUCCUUUUACUUAAUCUACAUUCAAAUAUAUAAGGAAAGCCUUUUUGCAAAUAAAGUGAACAUUAACGUUAUGUGUAAACUUCUGUCCCUAAUUCUUUAUUAAUUUGCUCAAUCUCAAUGAAAUAUUAACAUUACUUUAGUAUUUUCAUAAUAUUUGAGCAUAAUAAUAUACUCAAUACUGUUUUCCCCCUGUUAACAGGCAAAAGAACUCCCCACAUUUAAAGAUAACGAUUUUCUAAAUGAAGGGCAGAAACUCCACGUGGGUGAAGAGAACAAGAAAAUCUUUCUGGAGAAGUUGAAGAGAGAUGUUGAGGUGAGAUUCUGUCUCUGCUUGUUCGGGAGUGUCAAUCUUAAAGUAGUAGUGUUGAUAGACUUCAGCAUCAUAUUGUAUCCAUGGCUGCCUUGGUAAAUCUGAAUGAAUUAUCCCAGACAGUCUGCCAUUUUUGUAUAUGCUCCAAUAUCCAAAACAGUAACCACACACUUAAAGCGGCACUGUGAUGCCGAACUUACUUUUCCCCAAUCUAUUCCUCUUCUCUGCCUCUCUCAGGAUUUUUUUUUUUUUUUUUAUUGUAAGCAAAUCUCAAUUGUUAUAUCAAAGACUUGUCUUCAAAGAAAAAAAGAAGAAAAUCACAACAGUACCCCAUUGGGCCAUUAUUAUCAAUUCCAGCAUACAAUGUAACAUCCAUACAAUUGUUAUUAAUUUUUGAAAUACAAGAAGUAAACACAAAUACACCUACACCAAAUAUUUUUUUUUUUUUUUUUUUAAUACAAUUCCAUGAGAUUUUCUAAAUACAAUUUCUUAAGAUGUUCUAGAUACAAUCGGAGUCUCCUAUUCUGUAUCCCUGCAGCGCCCCACCAUUAAUUUUUCUUGCCAUUGUCCCCAUGCUUUGGUAAAUUUGCCUCUCGUACCCAUAAUUUUAUGUGCCAUUUCCUCAUCUGUUUGGUACGGUUUAUUUUCUCUAUAACUAACCUAAUAUCAGGACUGUUAGGAGAUUGCCAGUCUUGCUAUGCAUGUCUUUGCUGCCAAAGAGAUGUGCACAGCUAAUAUAGCAGCAUGUUUCAGAAAGGUUGUAGGCAACAUGUGAAGCAAAUAAAAUUCUGGGCUAAGGGGAAGCAACAAUGUUGUAGUACGCUCAAUGAGCACCUGUACUUGCAACCAAAUAUUUUUUAUUUUUUUUUAAAACUUUUAUUUCUCUGUUGACAGUAGUUCACAUACUUUUGCUGGGCUUGCGCAGAAGCUGAUAAAUGUCAGUGCUGUAUAGGUAGUGGUGUACAAACUUUAUAUGGUUUUGGCAGUGUUAUACAUUAAUGUGUUAAUUUAGGCUUCGUGCAGCAACAUUCCGUCAAGUUUUGUGAAAAUAGUAUACUUUAACAUAGUUUAAUACAACAUUUGUGUAACUCAACGGCUCUGCGACUCAUGAGUGUUUUUGCUGUUUCCUCUGCGACUCAUGAGUGUAUUUGCUGUUUCCCCUGGUUAUUGGUGACAAUGGCUUGUGGGAGCGGCGGUGUGCAAGUAGGUGGGUGAUUCCCAUGUGUCUAGUGCUGACUCUCAUAUUGACUCCACAGUUCCCAUGUUUUAGUGAAAGAAGGUAUGGUGCUUUGGACCUGUGCGGUUAACUUGUCCAUGAGAUAGUUAUCUCUAAUUUUCGUGAGGACUAGGGCUAUUUGUGGGAGGUCCAAGCUAGCUAAUUUUUGCGACAGUGCCUGACGUGCUGCCAGGUAUAGCAUGUUAAGUAAUUUCUGUUCAUAGCGGUUAAGUCCUUCAGUGGGCCUGGACAGCAAACAGCCCCAUGGUUCUAGUUCUAAUUUCCUUUGGAGUAUCUGGGAGCUAAGGUCCACCAACUUGGUCCAAUAUACUUGUACCUUCAGGCACUGCCACUACAUAUGGAUGUAGCUGCCCCGAUUGCCACAGAGGCGCCAGCAGGUAUCUGUGGGGCUUAGUCUCAUGUGGUAUUGUUUUAUCGGUGUCAUGUACCAUCUAAAGAGGGUUUUAUAGCUUUGUUCCUGUAGUGUAACACACAUAGACACUUUGAUGCAUGCCUCACAGAUCUCCUGCCAUUCUAUUCCCUCUAGGGUCUCUCCGAGGUCUGUUUCCCAUUGGUCUGUGUAUCUGAGGGUUCCCCAUUCCCCAGACUCCGAGCUAAUGUGUUGCUAUAAUAGUGUUAUGAGUUUGGUUUGGGUCGUUUCUUCGUAGCAUAGUUUUUCAAAAAAAGUGAGAGUCUGAUUUGCGGCCACUCGGACCUCCGUUGUGUGGGCAAAGUCUCUAUUAUCUCUAAGUAGCGGAAGUAAUCUCUAGACUGAAGUGGGGCUUUAGUUUUCAGGUGGUCGUAGGUGACCAUGUUGUUGUCCACAUAUAAGUGUAUGUCCCUUUGUAGCCCCGUGGCUUCUAUGCCCUUAAAGUCCCUUGCUCUGAGUCCCGGGGGGGGAAUGCUCGGUACCUAAGAACUGGGGUUAGCGGGGACGGGUUGUUCCCUAGCUUAUAUUUGUGUUUGGUCUGGUCCCAAAUUUGUAUGGAGUUCAGGAUGGCCAGGCAGGUGGUUCGUAAAAUGGGCCUCUGUGUUUUGGGGGCCCAUAAGUAAAAUUGUGGCAGAUCUGCCCCCGUCAGUAGGGACUCAAUGUCCACCCAUUUUCUGCUGUCCGGGGGUGAGUGCCAGUGAAUUAUCUGGGCCAUUUGGGCUGCUUGGUAGUAGUGGUAGAGGUGGGGCAGUCCCAGGGCCCCCCCGGUCCUUGGGUCGGUAUAAUAGGUUGCAGGCUAGUCUAAGCCUUUUUCUCUGCCAGAUAAAGGAGUCGAUUGCUUUUUGCAUAGGCGUCAGGUCCACUUUAGUUAGCCUGAGGGGCAAGGACUGGAAUAGGAAGAGUAGUGUCGGUAAGACAUUCAUCUUCGCCGUGUGCAGUCGUCCCAUCCAUGAGAUGGGUCUGUCAGUCCACUUCUCAAGGUCGCCCAUUAGCGUUUGGAAGACUGGUGUAUAGUUGCGAAGGUAGAGGGAGGCAGGGUCAGUCACUAGUGUGACACCUAGGUAUUUAGGCCCUUUAGUCGCUAAUUUGAAGUUGUAUGUUUGUCUUAUGGUGUAUAUGCCUGGGGCUGCCAUAUGGAAGGGAAAUGCUACUGUCUUUGUUGGGUUUAUUUUGUAGCCGGAGACGUCCCCGUAUUGUGCGAUGAGUGUCAUUAGUUUAGAUAUGCUUUGGUGUGGGUCUGUUAGGGUUAAGAGGACAUCAUCUGCAUAUGCCGAGACUUUGAAAGAUUGGUGUGCUAUUUCUACCCCUCGAAUCUCUGGGUUCAGUCGUAUUGCUAGUAGUAGUGGUUCGAGAGUGAGUGUAAAUAGUAGUGGGGAGAGGGGACAACCUUGCCUCGUGCCAUUGCGUAGUGGGAAGGGAGUUGUUUUUGCUCCCAAGAUGAGAGUUUGAGCAUGUAUGUCUGUGUAUAAUGCUCUAACUGACCAGGGUCUGGGAACCCCAGUUUGCCCAAUAGUUGGAAAAGGUAUUGCCACUCCGCUCUGUCGAAUGCCUUUUUGGCAUCCAACGAGAGGGCCUUCCUGUUUCCCUCAUGUACCAGAAGAGAUCUGUGUUUCUACAGGUAUUUUCGUAGAGCUGUCUCCCCGGCAUGAACCCCACCUGGUCCGGGUGAAUCAGCCGCAUUAAUAGCGGCGUGAACCUAGUGGCAAGGAUUGUGGCAAAUAUCUUUAGGUCGUAGUUGAUUAGCGAAAUGGGUCUGUAGCUAGAUGUUUGUGUGAGAUCCUUGUCUGGUUUUGGUAGCAGGACUACAGGGAGUGCAGAAUUAUUAGGCAAAUGAGUAUUUUGACCACAUCAUCCUCUUUAUGCAUGUUGUCUUACUCCAAGCUGUAUAGGCUCGAAAGCCUACUACCAAUUAAGCAUAUUAGGUGAUGUGCAUCUCUGUAAUGAGAAGGGGUGUGGUCUAAUGACAUCAACACCCUAUAUCAGGUGUGCAUAAUUAUUAGGCAACUUCCUUUCCUUUGGCAAAAUGGGUCAAAAGAAGGACUUGACAGGCUCAGAAAAGUCAAAAAUAGUGAGAUAUCUUGCAGAGGGAUGCAGCACUCUUAAAAUUGCAAAGCUUCUGAAGCGUGAUCAUCGAACAAUCAAGCGUUUCAUUCAAAAUAGUCAACAGGGUGGCAAGAAGCGUGUGGAAAAACCAAGGCGCAAAAUAACUGCCCAUGAACUGAGAAAAGUCAAGCGUGCAGCUGCCACGAUGCCACUUGCCACCAGUUUGGCCAUAUUUCAGAGCUGCAACAUCACUGGAGUGCCCAAAAGCACAAGGUGUGCAAUACUCAGAGACAUGGCCAAGGUAAGAAAGGCUGAAAGACGACCACCACUGAACAAGACACACAAGCUGAAACGUCAAGACUGGGCCAAGAAAUAUCUCAAGACUGAUUUUUCUAAGGUUUUAUGGACUGAUGAAAUGAGAGUGAGUCUUGAUGGGCCAGAUGGAUGGGCCCGUGGCUGGAUUGGUAAAGGGCAGAGAGCUCCAGUCCGACUCAGACGCCAGCAAGGUGGAGGUGGAGUACUGGUUUGGGCUGGUAUCAUCAAAGAUGAGCUUGUGGGGCCUUUUCGGGUUGAGGAUGGAGUCAAGCUCAACUCCCAGUCCUACUGCCAGUUCCUGGAAGACACCUUCUUCAAGCAGUGGUACAGGAAGAAGUCUGCAUCCUUCAAGAAAAACAUGAUUUUCAUGCAGGACAAUGCUCCAUCACACGCGUCCAAGUACUCCACAGCGUGGCUGGCAAGAAAGGGUAUAAAAGAAGAAAAUCUAAUGACAUGGCCUCCUUGUUCACCUGAUCUGAACCCCAUUGAGAACCUGUGGUCCAUCAUCAAAUGUGAGAUUUACAAGGAGGGAAAACAGUACACCUCUCUGAACAGUGUCUGGGAGGCUGUGGUUGCUGCUGCACGCAAUGUUGAUGGUGAACAGAUCAAAACACUGAUAGAAUCCAUGGAUGGCAGGCUUUUGAGUGUCCUUGCAAAGAAAGGUGGCUAUAUUGGUCACUGAUUUGUUUUUGUUUUGUUUUUGAAUGUCAGAAAUGUAUAUUUGUGAAUGUUGAGAUGUUAUAUUGGUUUCACUGGUAAUAAUAAAUAAUUGAAAUGGGUAUAUAUUUGUUUUUUGUUAAGUUGCCUAAUAAUUAUGCACAGUAAUAGUCACCUGCACACACAGAUAUCCCCCUAACAUAGCUAUAACUAAAAACAAACUAAAAACUACUUCCAAAAAUAUUCAGCUUUGAUAUUAAUGAGUUUUUUGGGUUCAUUGAGAACAUGGUUGUUGUUCAAUAAUAAAAUUAAUCCUCAAAAAUACAACUUGCCUAAUAAUUCUGCACUCCCUGUAUGUUCGCAGUGGCCAUGGCUGCAUCGGUUGCGCCUCCAUUCUGGAAGUCGUUAUAUAGGUUCGUGAGUUGGGGUGUUAAUUCCUCCUUAAAUGUUUUAAAGUAACUCUUAUCGAACCAGUCGGGGCCUGGCGUCUUAUUGCCCUUCAGGUGAGAUAUAGCGGCCUGUACCUCCUCUGCUGUGAUUGGUGCAGUGAGUUCUCCCAAUUACUUGGUUCUGACCCGCGGCAGAGGGAGGCGGUCGAGAAAAGUGGUUAUAUGAGCCAUGUAGUCGGGGUUGUCAGGGGUAUGAUGUGGGGCGUGAUCAUACAAUGCGGUGAAAUAGGCAGUGAAUUCCGCAUUGAUGUGUGUUGGGGUGUUGGCCAUAUCGCCAUUGGGUCUUCUAAUUUUAGUGAUAGGUUUGCUUCCUUGUCUGGAUCUGAGUUGUCUGGUCAGUAGUGUGUCCAUCUUGUUUGCCUUCUCAAGGAGCGGGCUGUGUCAUCUAACAUUAGUUCCUUGAUAUAGUGUCUAAGAGUGGUGAGUUCCGCUAGUUUAGGGGUGGUAGGGCGUGUUUUGUGCUGCUGUUCCAGUCUCCGGAGGCUCAAUUGGAGCUCUAUGAGGAGUUUUUUUUUUUUUCUUGUGGGUGGCUAUCUUGAUGAAGUCCCCCCCCCCCUUAUUACUGUUUUAUGGGCUGCCCAAAGCGAGGUGGGGCCCAUGCCAGGCAUAGAGUUAAGUGCCAAGUAAGAGGAGAGAGCCUCUUUUAUGGAGGCUCAUACUCCUUCGUCUCUGAGAAGGCUAGAGUCUAGUCUCCAGAUCCACGAGGAGCUGUAUUGCAUUUUACCUAGUGUGAUCGCUAUGUCGGCAUGAUCCGACCAUGUGAUGCUAUUGCUUUCGGUUUGUAUUACUUUGUUCAUGCCUAUGUCAUUAACGAAGAUAUUAUCAAUGUGUGAGUACCUGUCAUGUGGGUUCGAGUAGAAAGUGUAGUCUAAUGUAUCAGGGUGUUGCAGUCGCCAGGCAUCUAGGAGGCCUGUGUGAGUCAGAUAUUCAUGUAGUAACCUAUCCUGCCUCACUCUACCCUGGGAUCGCAGGGUCCCUGGUUUUGUGCUCCUGUCUAUCACUGGGAAUGACACUGAAUUAAAAUCCCCCACCAACGUUCCCCGGCCGAGGGCCGAUGUAAGGGUGUCCAAUGCAGACCAGAAGGACGUGUUUGGGUCAUUGGGGGCAUAGACGUUGAUUGUGCUAAUUUUUAUGUUACACUAUGGUAACAGGAACCAUACAUAACAUCCCUCCGGGUCCGCCUGGCUCCCAGUGAUCGUAAAGUGGCAGUGUUUGUGUGAGUACCGCAACCCCUGCUCUUUUUCUUCUGUGUCUUGCUUCGUGUACCACCGGGUAAUUCCUGUCUCUCAGUGAUAUGGUUGCCGACCUGGGGAGGUGCGUCUCCUGGAGGAGUGCUAUAUCAGCUCCUUUGCCUUUCUGCAAACUUCUUUCCCUAUUAACUGUAUUACUCUUUUUAUACCCCUCUGACUCCAAUUCGCUAGAGACAGGUCAUGUGUGUGGUAUUGCAUGCUCUGCAUAGUGGCAUACAUGCCUAUCAGUAGCGAUACCAGUUUUGGAACCAAUUUGCGCUAUAAUGAUAGUGACAAUUUUAUUGUAGCCAACGUUAUGACUUUACAUGGAUACUGUUGUUUCGGGAUCUAAAAUAGAUUUGUUAUUAAAUGUGGGGCACUUAUUGCUUGUUCUAAUAUAUACCGUUGGGGGGUGGGGCUACAUGUGGCGCCUGCUGUGGCUGUCUGUGACAUGAUAGAUGCCACAUUUGGAACACCCAAGCCUUCAUGGCAGUUGUCAAGGAAACCCUCGGGGGCUUGCAUUUCCAUAUAUGUGCUUAUCGUCUGUUGGUACUUCUUUAAAAGCGCUAUAGGGAUUUCAGUCGGUAGUGUUCGAGAUAGAACCAUAAAUUGUGGCAACACAAGCAUUUUCAAUGCAUUAAUCCUUCCUAACCAUGAGGUCUUGGUCCCACACCAACCCUCUAAAGUUUGGGAUAUUUUAGUCUGUAGUUUGUAAUGGUUUUGUUUCAAAAUAAUAUGAUUUGAAAAUUACAAGUGUGUCCCUAAAUAAGCUAUAGUGUCUUUUCUCCAUUCAAAAUCAUAUAAGGCCUUUAGUUCAUUCAAUUGGUGAUGCGGAAUAUUUACAGGAAGCACCUGGGUUUUAGCCGUGUUAUUUAUAUAAUGAGAUACUUUGCCAUAUGCUUCAAGGAGCGCUAUUACCGACUUCAAAGAAAAAUGCAGGCGAGUAAGAAAUACCGUAUUUUUCGCUCCAUAAGACGCACCUCACCAUAAGACGCACCUAGUUUUUAGAGGAGGAAACCCAGAAAAAAAAAUAUUCUGAACAAACUGUUCCAUAGUGUUUCUUACCAUGGGACAGUUUGUUCAGAAUAUUUUUUUUUCUCCCCUGUCCCAUAAUGAUCUUUAACCCCCCUUUCCUCUGUCCCAUAGUGAUUGUUCCCAUAGUGAUUGUUAACCCCUCCUACCCUGUCCCAUAGUGAUUGUUAACCCCUCCUACCCUGUCCCAUAGUGUUCUUUAACCCCUCCUCCCCUUGUCCAUUAGUGUUCUGAUCCCAUAGUGUCCCCCCUCCCAUUGUCCCAUAGUGCACUUUCCCUCCCAUAGUGUCCCCCCCUGUCCCCUUGUCCCAUAGUGUCUCCCCCUCCCCUUGUCCCAUAGUGUCCCCCCUCCCCUUGUCCCAUAGUGUCCCCCCUCCCCUUGUCCCAUGGUGUCUCCCCUCCCCUUGUCCCAUAGUGUCUCCCCCUCCCCUUGUCCCAGUGUCUCCCCCUCCCCUUGUCCCAUAGUGUCUCCCCCUCCCCUUGUCCCAUAGUGUCCCAUAAUGGUCUCCCCUCCUCUUUCUCCCAUAGUGUCCCCCUCCCCUUCUCCCAUAGUGCCCCCCCUCCCCUUGUCCCAUAGGUGUCUCCCCCACUCCCCUUGUCCCAUGGUGUCUCCCCCUCCCCUUGUCCCAUGGUGUCUCCCCCUCCCCUUGUCCCAUGGUGUCUCCCCCUCCCCUUGUCCCAUGGUGUCUCCCCCUCCCCUUGUCCCAUAGUGUCUCCCCCCUCCCCUUGUCCCAUAGUGUCUCCCCUCCCCUUGUCCCAUAGUGUCUCCCCCUCCCCUUGUCCCAUAGUGUCUCCCCUCCCUUUCUCCCAUAGUGUCCCCCUCCCCUUGUCCCAUAGUGUCUCCUCCCCUCCCCUUGUCCCAUAGUGUCUCCCCCUCCCCUUGUCCCAUAAUUACUUACCUGUCUUGGAGCGUGGGCCGGCUUCACAGCGCGCUCCGCGGUCCAGGAACUAAUAUUUCAGGUUCCGGUUUCCGGCGGGACUGAAAGGAAGUGUGCACACUCGGUGUGCACACUUCCUUUCAGUCCCGCCGGAAACCGGAACCUGAAAUAGAAGUUCCUGGACCGCGGAGCGCGCUGUGAAGCCGGCCCACGCUCCAAGACAGGUAAGUAAUUCUUCACAUUCGCUCCAUAAGACGCACAGACAUUUCCCCUCACUUUUGAGGGGAAAAAAAGUGCGUCUUAUGGAGCGAAAAAUACGGUAAUAUAUCGUCUGCAAAUACAGCAUUUUUUGGGUUGCUUUUUGAUGUAGGGACUCCCUCUGUCCUUAUCAUGUUUGAUCCGAUAAAUCAAAGGUUCUAAUACUAAAAUAAAGAUUAAGGCCGACGGGGGCAACCAUGCCUCGUGCCAUUUGUAAGAUUAAAAUUCUGAGAUAAAAAAAAACCUGCAUUCAACACCCUAGCUGAUGGUACAGAGUAUAAAGACCGUAACACCUGCAAGAAUUUACAUGGAAAGGAAUAUUUUUCAUACCCACAAUGAAGACGAUCAAAGCCUUCUCUACGUCUAGAGCAAGGCCAGGCCUAUUGUUAGACGUCAUUAGUUCAAAAAGAUUCAGGGCUCUCCACGUAUUGUCCUCAACCUAUGCUUGUUCAGGGGAUACUAAGAUGAACAAAAGAGGUCUUACUCUAUUGGCCAUUGCUUUGGCAAAUAAUUUUAUAUCGGUGUUUAAUAAUGCUAUCGGGCGGUAGUUUGCACAUAUUAUAGGUGAUUUUCCUGGUUUAGGGAGUGUAAUAAAAGUUGCCUGCAACAUCUCUGGUGGUAGAUAACCCGACUCCUGAAUAUUAUUAACCCCUUAAGACCGGAGGGUGUACUAUUACGCCCUAUUCUAAGCGGCUCUAAACGCCGCCGGGCGUAAUAGUACGCCCUCCGGUCUUUUCCUACUUACUACCAGGGGGCCCCCCGCGGCACAUCCGACCCCCUGGAAGACCCCUGGCAGUGUGAGAGGGAGGUCCUUGCGAGGACCUCACAAUCACAUGGCCGGGAUAGCUGGCUGCAGCAUUGCCAGCAGGGGGCUGCCUGUAAUGACAGGUGGUCCCCCUGCUGGCUGGAAAUCAAAUGAAAUAAAAUUAAAAGUGUAAAAAAAAAAUUACCGUAUUUAUCGGCGUAUAACACGCACUUUUUCUCCCUGAAAAUAGGGGAGAAAUCGUGGGUGCGUGUUAUACGCCGGCCCUUUAAAUACUGCAACUGCCUGAGCGCUCUGUCAAGAGCGCUCAGGCGGCUGCAGUUGGUACUCACCUCCCCUGUAGUGUGGCCGAGCCGCUCUGCCGUCCGCGGUGGCCGGCCGGAGCGAUAGGAAGGUGCACGCUCAGUGUGCACCUUCCUGUCAGUCCGACCGGGUACAGGAAUAUACGCGUACACUGUCUAGGUGUAUUUUACUAUUAAUAUAUAUAUAUAAUUAUAUAUUAAUAUCAAAUUACACGUAGACUAAUACUGAUUAAAUAAAUAUAUAUAUUGUGAUAUAUAUUUAUAUAUAAUAUAAAAAAAUAAAUUUGUAAAUACGUUAAAAAAUAAAAUUAAAAAAUAAUUAAAAAAUAUAUAGGUGUGUUAUUUCAUUCUAACUGUAUUGUGAAAUUAAUAUAUAUAAAUAAUCAAAAUACACGUAGAACGAAAUAUAUAUCUAUAUACAUAUAUAUAUAUAUAUAUAUAUAUAUAUAUAUAUAUCUCUAUAAAUAAAAAUAUUUUAAAAAAAUUAUAUAGAUAUAUAUACACAUACGUGUAUAUAUAUACAUAAUUCUACAUAUAUAUAUUUAUGUAAUAUUUUUACAUAAUUAGGUAUGUUAAUUAAUUACAAUUAGCAGGACCUGCCUGACAACCCAUGCCGAAAGUAAAGGGAAUUUAAUUUGCUAGCACUAUAUUUAACCCUAUAACUUUCCAAGACACCAUAAAACCUGUACAUGGGGGUACUGUUCUACUCGGGAGACUUCGCUGAACAGUAAUAUUAGUGUUUCAAAACUGUAAAAUGUAUUACAACGAUAUCGCCAGUAAAAGUGAAGUUUUUUGCAUUUUUCACGCACAAACAGCACUUACACGGACGAUAUUAUUGCUGCGAUACUUUUUACUGUUUUGAAACACAAAUAUUUGUGUUCAGCGAAGUCUCCCGAGUACAACAGUACCCCUCAUGUACAGGUUUUAUGGUGUCUUCAAAAGUUACAGCGUCAAAUAUAAGGCUUGCGUUUCAUUUUUUUCACAUUAAAAUUCGCCAGUGUUUGUGACCAAAUGGCUACUACAAAAGACUGGACAUACCCCAUUUGCAAUUCCUUGGGUUGUCUACUAUUGCAAAUGGUAUGCCAUUAUGGGUGUAAAUUUCAUUCCUGGGCUACUAUACAGUCUCAAAGGCAACGUAACCAAUCUGGCGAAUUUCAAUUUCAAAUGUAAUGUGCUAUAUUUGACCCUGUAACUUCCCAAAACGCCAUAAAACCUGUACAUAAGGGGUACUGUCUUACACGUGAGACUUUGCUGAAUACAAAUAUGUGUAUUUUAUUGCAGUAAAAGCAAACCGUAUUAUGACAUUGACCGUUAAAAUGUCAUGUAGAACUAAAAAAAAUAUAUCGUAUUUUCUCCCAUUUUUUUUCAUAUUAAAUGUUUCAUAGCUAAAUAUUUGAUAUUAAAUGAAAGCCCUGUUUCCCCUGAAUAAAAUGAUAUAUAAUAAGUGUGGGUGCAUUUAAUAUGGAAGAGGUGAAUUACGGUUGGACAGACAUGUAGCGCAAAUGCCAGGUUUUGUUUACAUUUUGUUUUGUUCACAACGUAUACAUUUGGCUCAGUCCUUAAGGGGUUAAAGAGUGCAGUCAAAUGAGGUAUUAAAAAGUCAGCAAAUUUGGCAUAAUAAUAGGUGGGAAAGCGUCUGGUCCUGGUGUUUUAUAUUUCUGAGUUUCCUUUAUCACCUGAAAGAUAUCAUCAUUUGUAAAGGGCCUAUCUAAAUCUACUUGCUCACAAGGCAACUUAGACAACUCUAGCCCAUCUAGGAAGUCCGAUAUUUCCUUGUUUGUUGGUAUAUACUGAUAACUGAAUUCAGAUUAUAGAGUUUUGUAAAAUAAAGCAAACUCCUUGAUAAUCAUUUUAGGAUUAGUCAGUUUGAUUUUAGUUUCCGUAAGUACGGUAUAUAGCUUAUUUUAAUCUGAGAAGCCUUGUGUUUUAAUUGUGGGGGCAAGUGUCUACCUGCUCUAUUUCCCUGUCUAUAGUAAUUGCAUUUUUAUUUUCUUAACGCCCUUUCCACUUGUUGAAGUUGUUGUUGCGUUUCAACCUCAAAUCUUAACUUCUAGAGUGAUUCUCGUGGCAUUCGGUUGUAAUUUAUGUUGUUCCUCUGCUCUUUUUAGACCAGCCAUCAAAUUUUUGCUUUUGUCUAUGAUUUUACGUUUUAGAUGGGAACCUUGUUUUAUUAAAAGUCCCUGUAUCACUUAUGCCUUAUGGGCAAGCCACGUAGUAAAAACAUUUAUCUGGUAAGGAUUAUCCUCAAAGAAAUUCCUUAUAGUUGUUCUGGUUUCCUCUCUGUACUGGUCAGUCGCCAAUAAUGACUAAUUUAAGUCUCUACCUCUUGUCGGAUAAAGAGUAGAAAAUGGAAUCAUUAUUGGAGAGUGAUCAGACCAGGUUAUAGGCAAGAUAUUAACAUCCACUAAUGUAUUUAAGGAAUUUCUAUCUAUAAGACACAUAUCAAUUCGUGAAUACUGGUUGUGAACUUUCGAAUAAGUGUAGUUCCUAGUGGCAGGGUAAAGUGACCUCCAAGUAUCGUACAGGCCGAAGCUCUGCAAGAGAUAAACCAUUUUUCUGCUCAAGCCGCGCUCCGUAACGAAGCCAUGGCACUCCCAGACCUAUUUAAAUUGCCACAAAUAAGCAAUUUUCCCUGUUUUAGUUUGUCUAUCUUCCUAAAAGCCUUUCUUAAAAAAUCAUAUUGGUUUGAAUUGGGAGCAUAAAUAUUGGCUACUGUAAAUUUUACAUUAUUUAGGUAUCCCACCAAAACGAAUAUCCUUAUACUCUUUUUCACAUUGAAACACCCAGUCAGAAUGAAAUAAUGUAGUGACUCCUUUAGUCUUGUUGGGUGCUAAUGCAUGAAAGGCAAGUGGAUAUUUAGUAGAAUAAAAUUUUGGUGGGUUAGUACUUGAAAAAUGGGUUUCCUUAAAACAGGCAAUUGAUGCCUUGCUGAGAUUUAGUUGAUGAAAUGCGAAUCUGCGUUUCUUCGGAAUGUUAAGACCAUAAGCAUUUAGGGAGAAUACAGUAAAAUUAUGUAAUAAAGCCAUUUAGACAAAUCAGGAAUAGCCCUCCAUUGUAUUUAGUUUACACUGCAUUCCUCGUUCCUUUUUUAAAUGGUAGAAACGCAACCUAAAUUGGUCUUUCAGCCAACAUUACUAAUACUAAGAAAAGAUUACUUGGUAUUAGUAAUUAAAUGAGAUUAAAAUCUCCCUUCUGCCUCUACUCGCUAUAUCGCAAGUAUGGGGAUGUCUACUAAACAGUGAGCAGCCAAUGUCUGCCUACUGUUUCAAAAACACAACAAAAAAAACCCUUCCUUUAAUAAAGUGCCCUUUGAUGGAGCACCUAAUAGUGGGGGGGGGGUUUAAAAAUAGUUAGAACAAUGAGCAGCCACAAGCUGCUCACUGUUUAGUAGACAUGUCCCUACUCGCAGCAUAGUGAGUAGGGGCAUUCAGGAGAUCUCAAUCUCCCUUAUGUUAAUAGGGGGUCAUAUUGACCCCAUAGAUUGAGGGAGGACAUGGGGGGGAUUUAAGAAGUGGCGGGCCGCUUCUAUUUUUAUAUAUUACAAGGAGGGAGCUGCGCGCCGGUAGCUCCCUCUUUGUAAUAAACUAAACAAACGAACACUGACAUUCGAUGUUUGUCUGAAAUUUCUAUUCAUUCAUUCGUCUUUCUGAGUUUAACUGGGCAGGUGCGGGAAUUUCACAGCACUAUCUAGCGUGGGCAGAUGACAUAUCCCACAAGAACUUAAUCUGCUCACACAAAGAUGGCUGCAUCUAGGUCCGGGCAUAAAGUAAAGAUGGGGGAAAAAAAUAGGUAAAUUGGGGAUCCUAGGGGCAUUUGGAGGUGACUAGAGGGGCAAUUAGAUGUAGUGGAGUCGGGACGGGGGUUAAACCCCCCUCCCAAAAAACUGAUGUGCCCAUGACCGUGCUGCUUUAAGAGAAAGGAUCAACACCGUGGUGCUCUACAAACCAAUCCAUUAAAGCACAUCAGAUGAAGGAAAAAGAUGUCCAGCACACACAGGAUAUAUCACAAGUUAGACUUUUUUUGGAGUGGAAUGUAUGCAACUUGGGCUUUAUAUGUGUUCCCAGACAUCUUUUUACUUCAUCUGAUAUAUUUUUAUAUAUGCUAUGCACAUUGAUAUAAUAGGGUUUAGGCACUAAAUUGUCAAUUCCUCUAUUGUGCACUACAGUCCUUUUGUAACCUGAAUUAACUCAAUACAGAAUAUGGUAUUCUGAUUUAUUGCCUGUAUAUUUCUCAAAAAAUAGAUGUUAUACUUUGAAUGCAUUUUGCAUCUAAGGUAUGCUCCUGCUGCAAAUACACUACUAUUUUUGUGUAUUAUUUCUCUUUGUGAAAAACCUAAUAACAAAAUUAGCAAAAAUGUUUCGUUCAUCUGAAAAGAAUCUUUUUUUUUUCUAGUUCCUCUCUGUACUGAAGAUCAUGGAUUACAGUCUUUUGGUGGGCCUGCAUGAUGUGGAUCGCGCAGAGCAAGAAGAGAUGGAAGUAGAAGAACGGGCAGAAGAAGAAGAAUGUGAGGAUGGUUCUGGGAAUCCUAUCUGCUCAUACGGCACACCUCCAGAUAGCCCUGGGAACCUCCUCAAUUUCCCUCGCUUUUUUGGGCCAGGGGAGUUUGACCCGUCCGUUGAUGUCUAUGCAAUGAAGAGCCAUGACAGUAAGUAAAGGCUGAUACAGAGUCGUAGUUAAUAAGUUAACUUGUGUUAGUGAAUGCAUGUAUACCAACUGUCAAGUUUUAGGGUGUAUUCAGGGCCGGACUGGGAAACAAAUUUGGCCUGGGCAUUUUUUUUUUCUUUUUCAUUGCAGCGUCCCAGGAAAUGGAGCAGGGCCUGUAGUAUCAUCAUCAAUGACGAGAGCGCCCCCCUGCCCCUAAAGUGAACAUGUUGGUUUAAUAUUCGUCCAGGGCAGCUCAUGCGCAGAGCCCUGCUGAAGAGCUCUUGCAUGAGACAAAGGCACUGUAUAUGUUCUGCGCAGCGCAAGUGAAUUUAAUGACUGUGAUUUGUCUCUGGUGUUUCCAUUAGUGGGAUAUUAGAAGACAAAAGGGCAAGGAAACAUUGUGUAUGUGUUGGGCUUCUUGUGGGAUUUUUGUGUGUGUAGCGUAAACUGAUUGUAGUGUUGUGUUUUGUGGUAAUAGGUUGGUUUCAGUAGUGUUUGUGGUGUAAUAUGUGUGGCUAGGGGAUACAGCAAGUGUGUGCAUAGUGGCUGUAGUACAUUUGUGUGUAAAGGUUACGUAGUAUGUAUUGGCUGUAGGGAGUGUUUUUGCAUACAGGGGAUCUAGUGUGUGCAAGGGUUUCUAUAGUGAUUAUAGGGGAUGCAGUAUGUGUUUUGUUUUUUUGUUUUUUAAAAAGAAAAAGAAACCGUGCAAAAUAGUGCAAAGCCACAUACCACUGUAAUUAGCUGUAGAGACGUGUAGCGCCCUGGCACUAGUUGGCUAAAUGUCCUCUUUUACAACUAUAGUGAGAAACAACAUGGAUAGGUUGACCGUAAGAUAUAUUGUAUUGACCGUAAGAUAGGUGCACUGUUCAAACGUGUAAUAAAAUCACAGACAUUGAGCUCUGUCCUAGCAGGAAGAAAUGCUGUAAAGGAGAAGAAACUCAAGGUAUAUACUAUAUUUUGGCUUAGUUGGGACACUGGUACAGUGUGGCAAAUUGGGUAAUGUAAAUGUUAGGGGUUAGUAAAAUGCAGAAAAGAGGGGGCGGGGCCUGACCACCAUGGCCGACAGACGUGUGUGCAGUGAGCUCCUCUCUCAAACCGAGCACAAAAUGGGAUGAUACCCCCAAAACCGCAACCAAAGAGAUUGUAUACUGUACCUAAGCGAUGGGGAACACUCACGGAUGACUCCGGAGACUCACCCGCCGAUCUGACCUCAAAAGCUGCUUCUGAUGCAAGUUACCCGUUCCCUCCCCCCCAUGACGGUGGGGGUCAUCCCGGUCCCAGCUGGGGAAAAAGUAGUAGAGAGCACCCCAUCAAGCUACACCGUCACUUCCCGCUCCUGGGUUGCAACCAACAUAGAGGAACACGCUGAAACAACCUGGGAAACCAACUUUAACGCUGAAUUUAAUAGGAAAUGUGCAGCGUUGUGGUACCGGAUUGCAGCCCACGCAGAGCAGACGCAACCGCCUAUCACUCCUACCUCGCAGCUCUCCCAGUGACCAGCUCCAUCGAACCAACAAGCUCAGCCCCACGCAUGGAUGACCCUGAAGUCUCCGCCACCUACCCUUCCUCUGAGCUGGGUACUCACUUGGAGGCACCUUUUCUACGCCAGCCAUACACCUGGGGAGAUACCCAGGAAACAAAGGUACCCUGGGCCUACGACCCUCGAAAAGGGAUUGAUGGCAUGAAGGAGCGAGUUCCCCUUAAGGCCGACAACAUGUGGCACGCAGACACUGCAAGUCCAUGAACAGUUGGAAACGACCAACACCCAGCUCAGCCAAAAGACCCCCUGCCAAGAAAGGACUAUCUAGUGAAGCACUGCUGACCCAUACUUGUGCACGGGACAGACAGGGCCCCCCCUCACGACCUGAUGGCCGGAUCCCCGGGGCCACCACGCUUUCCCGCCCUGCGGAGUGGCUUGAAAACACAUACCAACACUCCAUCCUAGAUCCACACAGAACCACGCACUGUCCCCAAUAGCCUGCUCGGAUCUGUAGGUUUUCCUCGCAAUGUGAUUACUUAACAUAGAAAUGUACAGCCCUGGACUCAUACCUUAAAAGUGUCUGCGUUACUGCCACCGGGCACUGCAAUCUUAGGGGACAUAGAAAAGUUUUGAAUGUAUAUGAGCCCUGUCUAGCAUGCUUAAUACUUUAUUGCUUUCCCUUAUCUCUCUACCUAUCCAUUCUCCUGCUCUUAAAGGUAACAGCGUUAUAGCAUUAACCAUAACCAACUCCAAACCCAGCAGACGUCUCACACUGCAUACAUAUAUAUCACUUCUAAGCCAUGUUUCAGCCUGACAGCCACCACAUACAUGUUUACAAUCCCGCACACAGGUUAGAAUAGAAUCUUAUUAUAUGCCUGUUUGUAUCUUGAGAUGUUUAUCUACCUAACCUGUGACUUAUUUCCUUCAUCGUUAUAAAAUAUAAAAUGGUGCAUGUAUUAUCAGAUAACCCUAUUGUAAAGCUUGACAUUAUGCCUCAGGAAUGCAGUUGGGGUACCUUAUGCUUGCCUGUUAUAUUCUUUUCCACUGCAAAAAUACAAAAUAAAAAAAAUUAAAUAAAAAAAAUGCAGAAAAGAUUAUCAUAGCAUUUUAAAAUAUCAAGCAAAAUACAACAAACUGAAAGAAAACAAAAUCCAACCAUGCCCACAAGUGUCUGUCCCCACUCCCCAUACCCUUGACACACUAGUGUCGGAGUUACAAUUUCUGGAUAGAGCUAGUAUGGUCUAGGACAGGCAUAGGCAACCUUCGGCACUCCAGAUGUUUUGGACUACACCUUCCAUGAUGCUUUGCCAGCAUUACGAGUGUAAAAGCAUUAUGGGAGAUGUAGUCCAAAACAUCUGGAGUGCUGAAGGUUGCCUAUCCCUGGUCUACAAGAGCAGUACUCAAAACUAUUUUUUAGUCUAAUAGUCAUUUUGUCAAGUUUUGAAAGACUAUGCAGGAUCCUUCGGCCAUAAAUAUAUAUGUGCAUCUUGGGACCAACCGUGGUUGAAAACAAGUUAGUCCCUAUAGUCUUCCAUGCUGCUUUGCAUGAAAUGAUGAUGAGCGAGAUUAACUGUCAGUUUGCAAACACUGUUUGACCUAAGGUGCAUCUACUUGCCUGAAGGAUCCUGACAAAUACUAAAGGUAGCAAUCAGUUGUUUUUUUUUAAUUUAUUUUUUAUUUAAAAAUAAUAAAAAUCUAUUUCCUUUCAAAACUUCAUUAAAGGAUUUUGAUAUUAAAUAAAGUUUUGAGGUGACCAUUUAAGUUUUCUAACCUGUCAUCAUAACUAAAUACUUCUUUUUAAUUAUAGCCGGUCUUUAAUGCUGGUGCCCAAUUGUUCAAUCUUUAGUCAAGGUGAGAUCUCACCAUUUAUUUAUAAAAUGGGAAAAUUAUAUUUUCAUCUUGUAAAUUAAUAUUCUUUUCAUGCAUGACAAUACCUUAGUGGACUAUGCAAAUGCUGACCAACAUGUAUUUUUUUUUUUUUUUUUUUAUAGAAAAAAAGGAGUUCGGUGCACAUCCGGAACAUGCGUUUCUCAUUAGUGGUGUUGCUGUAAAGACUAAAAUAUAUACAAAUACAGAUUAAAGAACAGCGCACACAAAAAAAUCAGUUUUAAGUUUUACAACAGUACUUAAAAUCACUUAUCUUGGCAAACAGAUGAAAUUUAAAACUGUAUAUUUUGUGUGUGUGAGUGCUUAAUCUGUGUUUAGUAUUUUGCCUUAUUUUUUUUGUUUUCCCUAACUCGGUAUUAUUUAGCGAAUAAGUUGCUUGGAUUCUCAUGUCAAAAUUCAUAACGUUGCAUUCAUCAACAUUAACUUACAUCAGAACCUGCACACCUCCCAGAAGGAGUUUCUUUUAGUAAUUUCCUGACUAGAUCACUUUGAAAAUGCUUUACAUGACUUAAAGGGACACUCCAGGCACCCAGACCACUUCUGCCCAUUGAAGUGGUCUGGGUGCCAACUCCCACUACCCUUAACCCUGCAAGUGUAAUCAUUGCUGUUUUCAUAAACUGCAAUAAUUACAUUGCAGGGUUAACGCCUCCUCUAGUGGCUGUCUACUAGAGGGCACUUCCUGGUUUCUAUCACAGGUUUUUGUGAGGACCUCCAGCGUCGCUCAAUUCCCCAUAGGAAAGCAUUGAAAGCAUUUUCAAUGCUUUCCUAUGGAGAGGUCUAAUGCGCGUGCAUUCGGUCUCCCCCGCCGGCGGCCGCGCAUGCGACUGGUCUCCCCGGCCAAAUGACGUCGGUGGGGGAGGAGCGUGGGCUUACCCGAAACCACCACCGAGGGACAUCGGCGGGGGUCUCAGGUAAGUCGCUGAAGGCGUUUCCACCCUUACAGCAACAUGGGAUGGGUGGUGGGAGGGAGAGGGUACCUGCAGUGCCAGGAAAACUGUUUGUUUUCCUGGAACUGGAGUGUCCCUUUAAGACAUAAUAUAUUUUGUUAUAUGCUUUGAGAAAUAAAUGCAACAGCUAUGGAAAAUUCCUUGACAGACUUCAACGAUCCCUCUCUUUUUACUGCUGUUGAGAUAUAGACUUGGUCCCAGAGCCAGAUAUGUCUUUACCAAGUUGAUGUCAAUGUACUUCUACAUUGAAUCUGUCAGAGAAGUAACUCUUUCUAAAGGCAAGGCUGAAUAAUGUAUUUAUAUUUUAUAUUAUUGCGGCAUCACUUAUUGAGGGAGGUAUUGUCCUUAAACUUUCCAUCCUUUUGAUGAAAGGGGUAGAUUUUUCCCUUGUAAUUUUGUUUUUGAUCUGCUUUCUCUCAUUUAUUCGGAUAAUAUCUUUAACUUUGUGCAGAGGAAAGGAGGCUUGGACUAAUAUUAGAAUCUGAGUUUGGAGAGAGUAGUUCAGUCUUUUGUGAAAGGAUUUUCUAGAUGGAGAUUCUGCUAGUGCCUGAGAAAUCCAUUAUUCUAGGUCACAAGGAGAAAAAUGAUUGGGAUUGAUAGGAAUUUUUCUUGUUUCUUCACUUGUUCAAGGUAUUGCCGGCAAAGCUUAUGAUGUUUUUAACUUUAUAAAGUUAAAUGUGAAAGCAGUAAAUUGCAAUUACCUUUAACUGGUGAUUAAUGAGAUCCUUGAGGCUGAUGCUGCAAGACUAAAUAUUUGAUAUCUGGUCUGAUUUUCGUAAGGAACAAAAAGUCUCCUCUUUCGAUGAUAUUCCGAUUGUUUCUAUGUUUGCUCAUAAUAUGAUUAUAUAUAACAAUGGUGUAAUACAUAAAAAAGUGGGGGCAGCUCCACACAAUCACCAGCGACUACCACUGAGUGUAAGCUCAAAAGUUAUAUAUAGUGUGGACGCUUACCCAAUCAACAAGAUCUAAAAUAAUUAUAAUUACAAAUAAACCAAUGUUUAUUCGGUAGAAACAGAUAAGAAAUAAUAAACCUAAAAUAUCAAAAAUAGUCUGAACCUGCUAUAUAGAAAAUUAAAAACAAUAUCUCUAUCAAUAAACAAAUGUAGCCACACAGCUUAUGACUGAUGAAAGAAGUUAGAGACAUACACCCAGACUCUAUGUAAAAAGCAACAGUGUGUCUGAGUGCUUCCCCCCCCACUCCCCCGACCCAGACACAAAUACAAAUGAGGAUACACUAUAAUAGAAGUUAUAUAAAAAGUACCUUUCCUCGGUGUGGGCCCCCACCGAGGUAUGAAUGAAAAAGCAAAAAAUAGAUAAAAUAAAAAGGGACUUGAAACAGGUGCGGCACAAACUGUAUCCUUCGAAAUGGUUGACUGAUACACCGCGGUCGGGAUCUUCAAAAAAGACCGCGGUGAAAAUCGGACAUGCUCCAUGCCACAGCUAGUUACAAUUUCAAUUGCAAUAUCCAGCGAGCUUAACCAAACGAAAGGGAGACCGCCAAAAUACGAAAUACUUCCUGCUUUCACUCCCAAAAUAGCAAUCAAUAACGGCAGGCCCAAAACUCAGCCUGUCUACGCGUUUCGUCCCUCCCACGGGACUUUAUCAAGACUGAAGGUAAUAUGUGAACAACCCGGUAUAAAUACCCCACACAGCAAGGAAACCCCGGGCUGGAUUCACAAUCAUAUUCGACCAUAACACAAAAUUUAAAGAUAGUUACACAUCGGAUUAGAUAAAAACAAUAAAAUAAAAAAAUAUAUAUAUAUUGUAAUUUAAUAUAGCAUAUAUACAUCUUAAUAUUAAUGGUCAGGCAACAAACAUAUAUAUACAUAUAUACACAAACAGUGGGCAAAAUUAUUAUUGCUAUAUCAAGAAAAUACAUAAGUCUCCAGAAAUUAGCAAAUGAAUAAAGAGCCCCCAAUUGCUGUGUAUAUAGCAUUCAAAAUAAUUCUAACUCCUCGUUAAGGCCAUUAGGUGUCAUAGAAUUAAGCUUAAAAAUCCACAUGGAUUCAGCCUUAGUAAGCUCCCUCUUCCUCUUAGCUUCAUCCUGAUGGUGGUGGGGGUGGGGGGGAUGAUAUGUAUUAUUCCCACUAAUUUAAGACCAACAGGAUUAUUCUCAUGAAAAAUUGCAAAAUGUCGGGCCACCAAGGAUCUACUGUCAUUGCGUAUGAUAGCUGUUCUAUGUUCCCGAAAUCUGCAUUUUAAGGACCUGAUGGUUUGGCCCACAUAUUGCCGUUUACAAGGGCAGAUGAGAAGGUAUACCACAAAAGAGGUAUUACAAGUGAUGGGGGAUUGUACAGAAAAAAUCUCAGUGCUAUUAAACGGACUGAAAGUGGAAAUAUGAGGGCAAAUAAAACCACAUGUGAGGCAUUUGGUGUGACCACAACGUUUGUUAGCCAAAUCACCUUCAAAGGCUGUCUGAUAGCUUGCAUUUUGACAGCGUAAUUUUGAAGGGGCUAAAAUAUUUUUCAAGUUUGGAGCCCUUCUAAAAGUGACCCUUGGGACUCUUGACACACAGAAUGACAACCAGGGGUCUUUAAUCAAUAUUGGCCAGUAUUUAUUUAAUAUUUCAAUAAUAUCAUUGUAACCCUUGUUGAAGGUGGUAGAAAAUAUAGGUGUUUUACCUGUACCAACCUCUUUAGUGCUGAUGUUAAAUUUCGCUUUUUUGGGGAUAAAUCCAGAAUUCCCACUUAAAAGUUCAAGGAUCUUAAAAUGUUCCCUUGUAUGAUGUUCAUGUUCUAAAUAUGGGAGUGAUAACGGAGGAUUUACCUCAGACACCAUCCUAUUCUGAACACCAAAACAUGGUACCACACCAUAGUUAAGACCUCUUAAAUAGGCUUCCAAAAUAUUAUUCAACGGGUAAGAUUUCUCUACAAAACGUUGGGACAAAACCAAUGACUCUUUCUCAUAAUCACACACAUAGGAGCAAUUACGCCUGAUCCUGGUAAAUUGCCCCGAGGGAAUGAUCUGGAUCCAUGUGGAAUGAUGCCCACUCUUAGCAUGUAAAUAUCCAUUAACAGCACUAAAGCCUGAUUGUACAAGAUAUGUGGUAGGGAAAGGUAUCAAUAAAUUGAAUAUCAUUUUCCACAUAUUUGGAUUUUUUGCCAGAGAUUUUAUUAUCCACAACUUCGGAAAUUACAUUUACUCUCAUCAUAUUUAAGUUCUAAUAGUUCUUCUUGGCAAGUUAUAUCAACCUCCGCAAUUUAAGGGCAAGAGUAGGGGAAAAGGUAUGCAUGUGGGUAUGAUUGUAAUCAAGAACAGUAGCAGAACAAAUAUGGUGUUUAACAGUAGUGGGACACACAGGACUGUAAAUUUCAGCAAAAGACCCCACAUGUGAAUAAAACCCACAUUUAAAUAUUUUGACCUAGGUUUAUAAUUAUAUAAUUGCAUUAAAAGUGUCAAAAUGCUCUUAGUUGAAUAACCUGGGGAUGUACUUUUCUAAAAAUAUAUAUAUAUGUGUGUAGCGGCUUUGUAUUCUGUGACUACUAUAGAAGUUGUAAUCUCAGCAUGCUGAAUUUUGCUUUAAAAACGUAAACACCUCCGUGCAAUAUUUUUUAUAACUUCUAAAAAUGAGUUGAAAUAAAUAUAUAGGGAUUUAAACCGGAUUAAUUUAUUUUGAGUUUGUUUUCUUUAGUUGAACUUGGCGUGUAUAAAUUAUUAAAUGUAAAACAGAGAAUUUGCUAUAGCCUGUAGUUGUAGGAAGGCUUACUUGGCUAUUUAAACUCAGACAACCCUCUUAUCUAAACUGUGGCAGACCAUUUGGCCACCCACCACUGCCCUUUUUAUUAAAUCAUUAACCUGGUGGAACCCUCUUUAUUUACAGGCCCGUACGUCGGUUUCAUCACAUCACAACCGACAUUGUAUUACGGCUUGUCCCCGGGCAUACACAAUACUUUUGGGUUCAUUUAAACAGACAUGGUGAACUUGUAGUAAAAUGAAUGCAUGACAAAAAUGCCGAAAGGGCCUUGGUUACAUCUCAAAAUAGCCUUUGUUUUGCAUAAUCAGUGACUACAAUUUGUUUGACUUCAAUACAAUAAUUUAGAGUUUUUGUUUCUACUUUUAAUAAGUAAAAUUAUUUCUUUCUCCAGAUGCACCGAAGAAGGAAGUUUAUUUCAUGGCCAUUAUAGACAUCCUGACACCAUAUGAUGCCAAGAAAAAAGCUGCACAUGCAGCCAAAACUGUCAAACAUGGGGUGAGCAUGAGUAGUGUAGAAAAGUCGCCAAAUGCUGAAUUUGUCACAAUCAUUAUUUUUAAUCUCUACUCCAUGUUGCUUUCUAAUUGGUUUUUCAUUUAUUUUCUAGGCAGGAGCAGAGAUCUCAACAGUAAAUCCUGAGCAGUAUUCAAAGCGCUUUUUUGAGUUCAUGUCCAACAUCAUUGCGUAGCUCUCCUUUCUCCGUCCCUUGGCACUACCCGUUUUAUGCCUAGAGAGAUUACGGUUACUCCCGGGGUGUGCGUGCAAGUGUCUGCAUGAGUCUGAGUGAGCUGGUUUGUGCUGCAUGCCCAUCCUGUUUGUAAAGCCCCCCUCCCACCCUACAAUGCUAACAAUAAUGUGACAACCCCACCCUAUGUUUUAAAUUUGUAAUGUUGAAUUUAAAGGUCACACAGACAAUAUGGUCAUACUAGGAAUUGAGUUACUUCCCCAGUCCCACAGUAGAGACUUCCCUGCCCUUAUCUUUAUCUGAAAGUAUUUUGUACUCUGCCUGUAAGGUGUGUGCACACUAUUGCUGUUAUAUGACCUUUUCCCACCAAAGUCCUGCUUGAGUUUUCCAUCUCUACGCCAUUGGGUUACAGAGGUUAGUGCACUAGAUUUCUUAUAACCGGCCUCAAGCCUAUCACAGAAAUACAGUUCACGUACAACUGCAAUGCCAAAGGUAGCAAUCACUGACAAACUAAAUCUUGUCUCAAAACAUUUUAUCUAUUGUAGAUUGGAGCAAUUUGUGUCAAUGGAUGGUGGAUUUCUCCUCUUGACAAUACACAAACCUAAAAAUUAUGGUUUCACAAGUAAAAACAAUGUUGAUUAAUAUAUACUUUUUGAGAGAUGAUAUGGGAUCUCAGAAUAAUGAAGCAUAUUCAUUAGCUCCAAACAUUGGUAUAAUAGAACUUUCUGGCUUCCAUGUGCUUGCCCUGGCAUGGAUUCAGAGGUUAAUCAAUCUAGAAGUACAUGCAGUGGGCAAGUCUGCUGAUAUCAGAAUAAAUGGGACAAAUACAUUAAGCUUUUUGAUGUGAAAUGCUGUUCAUAAUUCAAAAUGAUUGUUUGAUUUUUGCUUGACAGUGAUAGAUUGGUGCCUACACUGUUUCUUAAUGGAACGUUGCAUUGAUUAUGCAGUUUACUUGGUGCAAUUAAACUGAAUUAGAUUUUGGAAUGUACCAGUCUAACAUAUUAGCCAGCAUCCAUCAGAACUAUUGUUUUGUCACUUAAUUUUUUUAGAAGGAUAGAAUCCUGAAAAUAUCAAACCAUGUUAGAAUUUCACUUACAUUCCAGUGCAGCAAAAAAAAAACGAAUAAGACUUCCCUCUUAUUGACCAGAUGGUUUUGGGCAAAAGGUGGUAAUGAGCAGAAAUUCUGCGGCCAUUAAAGUAUUUUAAAAAGCACUAAUACCAUGCUACAUUCAAUUUCAAUGUUGGUAGCUCAAUACAAUAUUCAUGUAAAUAUUCAAUUUUGGAAUGUUAUGUAUAAAACUAGGUCUUUGGGUUCAGAUAGUUAUAAGUGACUAAACUUCAGCUAUCAAUUUCAGUAUGAUGGCAGGAGAGAUCUACCCAUCCUCACAGAAUGCUCUUUUAUAACUUGAGCCUCAUCCUAAAAGGCACAGGAAAUGUUACAGUCUAUAAUUAAGACACCCCCCCAAAUCCCCCUCUCCUUUUUGUAGUAUUUAUACUGUUCUAGGUCCAAUGUCCCUAAAUCAGAUGUGUUGUUGAUCCUUGUGUUGGUUAAGGAGUUCACUAUGACUUAACUGCCACUGCACUCCUUCAGUUUUACCCUAUAAAGGAAACUGCUUCCUUUUCCCAGGUAUUUAACUGAUUUAAUAUAAGUGUUCUGUAAUCUGUUUACAUAUAAGUAGCAUUCUGUUACAAAUGCUAAUCGUUUCUGACAGUAUUGUUUUAUUAACGAGUUGCAAUUUUUUUUUGUUUAAAGAAAAAGGGAUUUUUUAUUUUUUUUUGGCUCUUGAUUUGGUUCUCUUCCUAGGUCAUCUUUUACUCCUUAUUUUACUUAUUUAAUAUUAAUCAUGGUAUAUAUGGUUGUCUGAGUUUCUCUUUUUUUUUUUUUAUAAUGAUGAUCUUUUGGUCUGAGUGCUGGUGUUACAGUAUGUCCUCCCAAUCUUCUUAUCCUUAGUAAUUAAAAUAUAUAUAUUGCAUUUGCAAUAGCACUGGAGCUUGAUGGAAUUGUUUUCAAGAACUAGUUGGAAUGUCUAGCAGAGGUGAGGGAAUGGUUCAUGUUUCCACAAACAGCAGUUUGCCAAAUUUUUUUCCUUCAUCAAUUGUAAAACUUGUCAAUAAAGUGAGUGUUCUUGGUUACUCUUGUAGAAGUGUCAAUGAUUUUGUUAAACGCACUACAUGCAACACAAUGUACAGAGAGCAAAUAUGCACCACUACCAUGGCACUAGAAAUAAAUACAAGUUUCAUUUGGUGGAUAUAUAAUUUUUGUUUAAUAAUAAAAAGUAUUGAUCGAAAUCAGAGAAUCCAGAACAUAUGAAGAGUUUUAAUCCAUUCGUGCCUUCAGUGUUCUUGUGGUUAUUUUAUCUUUCUCUCUGCAAAGAGAAACAUGUUAGCAUCACAUGGGUACUUUACAGUCUUUGGGCUUGUGUAAACAACAAUGCUCUUUACUGCUUUGUAACAACCACUUUAUAGGGCACAGUGCUGUCAAUGCAUUUUGUGACUGCCCUUUAAACAGUUGCCAUACAGAGUAAAGUGGCGGUUACAAGCCGAGACUGGCAAGACUGUCUUGAUGCCUCAGAAAAAUAGCAGUGUGGAGAUCCACCCAAGGUAAUUUCAAGGACAGCUGCCCAUCAUGGGCUGCCAGCCAGCGGGACCUGCAUUAACUGUCCAGUGCACAGUUGCAGGGCAUACUAGGCAGCCUAAUGUGAGACUGUCCAGCUUGAAUAGGUCUCUCACCCACACUCUGGGGUGAUUGUGGCAGCCAAUCACAGCAGUCUUAUGCCCAGCUACCGCAGUGCACUCCGGGGUCAACUGACUACUGCUGGCUGCCUCAAAUGAGCCAGUCGCUGAUUGGCUAAUUGUGUUGGGAGGCACUCAGUGAUCACUUGCUAAGCUGUCAAAUAAAUAAUGCAACUGAUAAUUUUCUAGCUUGACAAAUACCUGUGUUGGGUUAAAACAUUGCUGGCACCACACUUGUUUGCUAUCUAGUGUUGAAGUACAAAAAUUUAUUCUCGUGACGUGGGGGAAGCCUUUGACUGUAAACUAAAACUUAUUCAAUGUGCAGGUUUCCCCUCACUACAUUAUCUUGGCUAUCAGUUAAGUUAAUUCGAGCAAUGCGAUUGCCUCUCAAAGUAAUCACUCAGCUGUUUAGUAAAUUAGCCCCCAGGGUAAUUGCCAGUGUUAGAAAGAUAUAUAUAUAUAUAUAUUUUCAAAGUAGAAUUAGACAAUAUGGUGAAACUGAUACAGUCAUUUUAACAAAAUAGUAACUGUAGGAAGCAAGGGGAAAAAAAAAAAAAUUAAUUUGGGCAUAUCUCCCAUUUGAUCCUAGCACAUGUAUGUGGGAUAUUGAACUUUGGGAGCAGAAUAUAGACCACAGGCCAGUGAAGAGGUAGGACCCAUAAGGCUUAUAACUUACUAGUAAAGUUCAAUAUGUGAGUGAGAAGGGGGAAGUUACCUCUAAAUUCAGCCAAGUGAUAGGUUUUUCUCCUAAUCUAUACCUUUAUGCUAUCAAAGUUCUCACAGGUUUGUCAAUGCCUUGAUGUGCAGAGGCAUUCACUGGCGAGUGAGAGCAGAAAUGAUCUGCUCCGCUCUUCACGCAUUGCAACCAGUGCAUGUGCUGUGGUUACUAUGGAAACUGUCUACCCGGCACAUCUAGCGCUGGCUAGAGCGUACAGGAAUAGAGUGACUUAACUUCACUCCAUUCUGACACCUAUACGCUGUUAAAGCCAGUGUCCUGACAUCACUGACAAGAUUUGCACUGUUUCGGGAUGCGCCCCAAGUAGGGCAAAUCAAAGAAGACUGCAAGAGGAGCGCAGAACUGCCCGGAGAUAGAUGUUACUCUUUUUGUAACACGCAUAAAGCUUGAUGGCAGCAAUGGAAUGGAGACAAAGUGAGCAAAUCUCUAGAUUUUACAUUGAAUACACCAUGUAUCUUUGUGAUUAUAUAGGAACUAUUUCAGGUCAGUGAUUUUGCAUGGUAGGUUCAUUUUAAACAGCCCAAGUUGUUCUUACAAUUUGUAUGCAGCUAGGGGCAAAUAUUUUAGCCCAUGAAGGAUAUGGGUCCAGUAGAUGAAUCCGUGAAAUCUUGAAGUUUUAAAAUUGGUAGCUCUUCAAUUAUACCCAAACACUUCUCAAAAAUCUGACAAAGUCUACAGUCUAAAAUAUAGGAGGCUACACCAUUACUUGACUUUUCCAAAAAUUGCUCUAAUCUCAGUAGCCUACUGCAGUUCCCUGCAACAGCGAAGCAGACAUGUCAGAAUAUCCUGCCAAAAGUCUCUUGUCCCCAUAUGUGGCACACCCACAGGAGUGCACAGGCCAAUACCUCACCACAAUCCAGGAAACCCCAGCAUCUAUUGUCUUUCCUACAAAUGAGAAUCCGAAACCAGCUUAGCUGCCAACCAUAUCCCACACAGCGGAGAUCUAUGACUGACCCGGCAGCCCGAGUAAUGAGCAGAUGUGGUUCUGUUCUAUAAGCGCACUGCCAUUUCAUCCUUCUCCAACUUGAACACAGUACCGUCACCACAUAACUGAGCUAUACUCAUUACUUAUCUGUCUGCACAUAUGCUCUCUAUAAUUACUCUUUGGCGUUCUAUGCCCAAUAUGAUUGUCUUGCAUUUAUUCUAAAAAGGAAAAAAAAAGUGGAGCCAGCCAUGGCGCGACCUACAGGGGUAAAGGUGAGUUAAAAUACCUUUCCCAUGCAAUGCAAGGGGCUGAAGACCUAAAUAGUUAAACACAAUCAUGUUUGUUCUUCACAAGCGCUCUAAAGACCAUUUUUGACAAUACAUUGCACUAAUGGCCUGGGGUAUCAUAAUGACAUUGUAUUCUUCUGACUGUACUUGGCUCUCCAAAAAAAAAAAAAAAAAACUUACAUUACAUGUACGACAACUCCCAUUCCAGACACCGCAUCACGAUCCACUGCAUUUAGCAUGGCUUGAGAGAUGGUUUCAAAUAAAUCCUCUGGUUC